AAAAUUUAAUAGCUCCUUGGGCAAAUCAUGAGCUCACCUCUUUUUCUCCGACCGGUAAUUUCCCUUUCUGUUUCAUCCACUGCUUCAACUCAAAGAAGACGAAGCAGCAGCAGCAGCAGCUCGAUCUCCUCUCUUCUAAUGGGAACUUCAAAACCCACUGAUCAAAUUGGAGUAUUCUUAUCAAAGAAGCCUUAUCAACCUCCAUCUUGGGCUUCACAUCUCAACCCAAUUCCUUCCAGUACCUACUCUCUUGCCCAUCUUCCUUCUCCAAUUCACAAGUGGAACCUUCCUAAUCUUCCAGAAAAUACUGAAGUCUGGAUAAAGCGGGAUGAUCUUUCAGGAAUGCAACUUAGCGGUAAUAAAGUGAGGAAGUUGGAAUUUCUAAUGGCGGAUGCUGUAGAGCAGGGUGCCGACUGCAUUAUUACUGCAGGAGGAAUUCAGAGUAACCAUUGCCGUGCUACUGCUGUGGCUGCAAGAUAUCUGAAUCUUGAUUGUUACCUAAUACUACGCACAUCAAAGGUCCUGGUGGACAAAGAUCCAGGCUUGACGGGUAAUCUUCUUGUUGAGCGGUUAGUAGGGGCUCAUGUUGAACUUGUAUCGAAGGAAGAAUAUGCCAAGAUUGGCAGUGAGAAUCUCACUGAGUUGCUCAAAAAGAGACUAACAAGUGAAGGAAGAAAGCCAUAUGUUAUUCCCGUUGGUGGAUCAAACUCUCUAGGAACUUGGGGCUACAUUGAAGCAGUAAGAGAGAUCGAGCAGCAAACUCAAAUGAGUUCUGGUAAAUUCCAAAUUGACGACAUUGUUGUUGCAUGUGGCAGUGGGGGAACUAUUGCUGGCCUUUCGCUAGGGUCAAGACUAAGUAGCUUGAAGGCAAAGGUUCAUGCAUUCUCUGUCUGUGAUGAUCCCGAUUAUUUCUACAAUUUUGUUCAAGGCCUAAUUGAUGGACUUCACGCUGGCAUGGAUUCACAUGAUAUAGCCAACAUCAUAAACGCUAAGGGCUUGGGCUAUGCUAUGAAUACUGCCGAAGAACUAAAAUUUGUCAAACAUAUAGCUGAAACAUCUGGAGUGGUGCUUGACCCAGUUUACAGUGGAAAAGCUGCUUAUAAUAUGCUCAAAGACAUGGCCGAGAACCCUACAAAGUGGAAGGGACGGAAGGUCCUCUUCAUCCACACGGGAGGCCUCCUAGGGUUAUAUGACAAAACCGAACAGAUGGCGUCAAUGAUUGGUAAAUGUCAAAAGAUGCAGAUUGAUGAAACUGUCCCAAGGGAAGACGGAAUUGGGAAAAUGUUCUGAAAAGUGAACAAUAUACUAUUUUCUUGCAUCACAUUUGGGAUAACUUCUCUAUAAGCAAUUGUGAUACAUUAGCAAGGUUGAACGAGGCGAAGGCAAUAAAGUAUGGAUUUUAGAUUUUUUUUCUCUCAAUACGAGAUCACGUGUUUUUCACUUCAUAAUAGAUUGUUUCUCAAUACAAUAUCAUGUGUACUUAUAUUGGAUGCUUCUUAGUUAUUGAAUGUUUAAAUUUGGAAGUUGU